AUGUAGCUCUGUCUGCCCUCCCGUCUACUAGUCAGGAUGUGGGGUCCAACGCCUGAGAAUCAGCUAUGGAGGAACAGCAGUCAGAUCCCUUCCCCGUGUCUUAUCCAAAGACUUGACCACAUCGUGAUGACGGUAAAGAACAUUGAAGACACCAUCAUGUUCUAUUCCAAGAUCCUGGGACUGGAAGUCACUACUUUCAAGGGAGAUCGAAAGGCAUUGUGUUUUGGAGACCAAAAAUUUAACUUACAUGAGGUGGGAAAGGAAUUUGAUCCCAAAGCAGCUCACCCCAUUCCGGGGUCCCUGGAUGUCUGUCUGAUCACAGAAGUGCCUUUGGAGGAGGUGAUGAAGCGUCUCAAGGCUUUUGAUGUCCCCAUUGAGGAGGGCCCAGUCUCCAGAACAGGAGCAAAGGGGCCUAUUAUGUCCAUCUACUUCCGAGAUCCUGACAAAAAUCUCAUUGAAGUAUCCAACUAUGUCACCUCAUGA